CGGAGCUCUCGGGCGCCUGAGUACGUGUACGGCCGGGGGGCGUGGCCCAGUUUGGGCUCAGCCAGGCUGUGAGGCGGGACGCUGGGGCCAUGGAGGAGUAUGCUCGCGAGCCUUGCCCCUGGCGGAUUGUGGAUGAUUGCGGUGGAGCCUUUACUAUGGGUGUCAUCGGUGGUGGAGUCUUCCAGGCCAUCAAGGGCUUCCGGAAUGCCCCUGUUGGCAUUCGGCACCGAUUGAGAGGUAGCGUCAAUGCGGUGAGGAUCCGAGCCCCCCAGAUCGGAGGUAGCUUUGCAGUGUGGGGGGGCCUGUUCUCCACCAUUGACUGUGGCCUGGUGCGACUACGCGGCAAGGAAGACCCCUGGAACUCCAUCACCAGUGGAGCGCUGACUGGGGCCGUACUGGCUGCCCGAAGUGGACCACUAGCCAUGAUGGGUUCGGCUAUGAUGGGGGGCAUCCUGUUGGCACUCAUCGAGGGUGUGGGCAUCCUCCUCACUCGCUACACCGCCCAGCAGUUCCGCAAUGCGCCGCCCUUCCUGGAAGACCCCAGCCAGCUGCCUGUGAAUGAGGGCGCAGCCCCUGACUACCCCAGCUACCAGCAGUACCACUGAGGAGGCACCCACUGGUCUCUGCCGCCACCACGGGAGCUGCUUCUCGGUUCCCUCCCCGCUGAUCUACCUCUAAGGGAGGGCUGGCUCCGCUUGACCCUGGGACCUUCCAGAGAGGGUCUGGGCUCUGUUUGUUUGUUCCAGAGCAGGGUGGGGUGCCCCAGCUGCUCGGAUGGAUGGCUCUCCUGUUUCCUCAGGGCCCCACACACAACAUGAAGCAAGCUGUCACCCCACUUCUUGUCGUGGUGCCCAGAUAAGUAUUUAAAGCCAGUUUUGAAAUGCC